AUGGAGAGCAAAGAGGAGAGGAAGAGGAUGCUUCCGUCGCCAUCGGAGACCCAACUCAAGGGCCUUGCUAUUGUUAGCACCUAUGCAUGUGCUGACGAGUCUCAUGCAGAACAAUGUUCCCCGGGUCAUGACUCCGAGAGCUUCUAUAUGAAACUCGCUGAGUUGUUGGAGUCUUCUGGACUGAGUCUCAUUUUCAAUGUCCGAGAAACUUUGCUGGACUUGUACCUGUUAUACUUGGAGGUGACUAGAAGAGGAGGAUAUCACCAGGUUGGUCGAGAAAAGAAAUGGGGUGAAGUAGUCUUUGCCAUGAAAUUGGAAGGGAAUAGUGUAAAGUUAUGUGCUCAAGUUGAAAAGCUUUAUGCACAUCUUCUCUACCAGUUUGAGAAAUUGUACUUCUAUAGGCAUCCUGCAAAGCAAGCUGGAUCUAUCAGCACCAAAGGUCCACUUCAAAAGAAGCGGAAUUCAACAGCUAGUUUAUCUCAUACAAUGAAUAUUAAAGAUGGUCAGAUGGUGACAGAGAUGUCCAAGGACUACUCUUGCCACAUGACAGAUUCCAACUUAGCAGGGGCAGGGUAUGUGGAACAGCCGGUGUUUUUACCGCCACCCUCGAAUGUCAAAGAAAUGAAGAAACGCCGAGGUUCUCCACCGGGACGAAAGACUGCAUAUCAGAUAUUCCUCAAGCAUGAAUGUGCUCGAUUGAAAACUUGUAGUCAGGCCUUAGAUGGCCGGAAAAUCCUUCGUUUGGCUAUUGAUACAUGGAGGAAUAUGUCUGACAUUGAGAAACAGCCAUAUGUGGAGGAAAGCAAGAAGAACAAGGAAGCAAUGAAUGGUCACAAUAAACAGCAGAGCACCCAAGAUACCAUAAAGGAGGAGAAGUGGCAUAGUCUGAGUGGUGAUUAUCUUGUAACUUCACAACCUGAGACAGAUAACUCCCUUGUCAACAAAGCAGCUGCUGGGUUAGUUCUUAAAAUGACUGAAAAAGCACCAACGGAUCCUUCAUAUCUAAUGGAGUGGGAUGCUUAUUGUUCACUGGUUUUGCCAACUAGGGAAUCCGAGUAA